GAUUUGAAAAUAGAAGUAAAACAAACGUAGAGUUUUCUACUUGCUUAUUUAAUUGGUUUGAGAAGUUAGAUGAACGAUAAUGGAUGUUGUUAUGGGUCACCGUGAGGUCCAAAAGGCGAAGUCCAACUCCGAUGCAGUGUAAACAUUAAGCAGAAAAAGUGGAUUUCAUUUGCUCUACUACAGAGGUGAGUCCAUUGGCGAAGUAUAUUCUCGCCAUCCAAAUCGAUUUGACGGUUGAUUGUGUUUCAUGCCCUCACAUAUAUUUAGUUGACAACUAACUUUCCUAUUUAGUGGACUCCACCAUUUCUCAGAACCUUGAACAACCGCAAGAAUCACCAGUUUAAUCUCUCUAAUCAUCACUUAGUUCCAGAGCAGAACAUUUGAUUCUUACGAUAUCCACGAUCCACCAUUUUUGGAUCCGAGUGAAUCAAAUCUAGAUUUCCUUCGUUUGGAACGAGGAUUUCCAUCUCCCAGUUAAUUUCAUCAAGUUUGGAGUCGAACUCUUUCCACCAAAUCCAUCGGGCGAUGGUAACGUCAAAAGCCAUGUGUUUUGCCGUUCAACAAUAAGCAACUGUAGCCGUCAAAGUUUGGAGUAGUCGUUUUAUCCGAUAAUAUCCGAAAGAUGAGAUGAUGACUAUGGGGACCUUUUUAGAACAUGAUUGUCAGGUUUAACCAUAGUACACUCCCAUUGGAUGGUUCUUAAUCGAGACUCCAUGCUCGUGACUUACAACAAACCCUUGAUUCACGGUUGAUCCGUUCUCGUAUAUUCUCAAUAUCAAUGGAACUUGGGUGUUGAUAAGGUGUAAACCAUAAUCCACCAAAAUGGAUGAUUGAUAUUGAUGAUGACGUGAGCCAUCUCGUGACCUUUGUGUGGUGUGACUUGCUUGAUCCUUGAGUGUGAUUGUUGCAUCCAUGCAUUCAUGCAUUCAUUUGCAUUCAUAUCAUCAACAAUAAAGAUUUUCAAGGAACUUAAGAGGUCUAUUUGCAAAUUUGCAGACAUGGAUAAGCAAAGAAGGAAUACGAAGAAGUACAGUUUCAGACAACCCGACUUGAAAGUGUUAAGGAGUUUGACAUCUUAUAUAUUAGAGCCCUUGGAGUUCAAAUCUCGCCAUGGGAAGCUUCUGUCUAUUCUUUCUACCAAGAUGGAUGAAGGUCUGAUGAGUGUGUUGGUGCAGUUCUAGGAUCCUUUGUAUCAGUGCUUCACUUUUCUGGAUUUCCAACUUUUGCCUACACUUGAGGAGUAUGCCUAUCAUGUGGGUAUACCUAUUCUUGAUCAGUUGUCGUUCAGUGGUUUGGAGAAGAUUCUGUCUUCUCAAGAUAUUGCUGAUAUGCUUCACAUAGAUGGAUCUGAUAUUGUUGCUCAUAUGACUACCAAAGGUGGAAUUCAAGGUCUCCCAUCUGAUUUUCUCAUUGCCCAAGCUACUUUGUUUGGGAAGGCCAUGAGUGAGGACGCCUUUGAAGCCAUAUUUGUACUCCUCAUCUAUGGGCUAGUGUUAUUUCCCAACAUCGACAAUUUUGUGGAUGUGAACGCUAUUAGGAUUUUCUCCUCUCUUAAUCCCGUUCCGACUCUGUUGGGUGACACUUAUUUCUCUUUACAUAUGAGGAAUGCAAAGGGUGGUGGAUCCAUUGUGUGUUGUCUGCCUCUGUUGUACAAGUGGUUUAUUUCACACUUACCUCAGACGCUCGCCUUCAAGGAGAAUAAGGGAUGUCUACGGUGGUCUGCGAGACUCAUGUCUCUCACUAAUGAUGAUAUCUCUUGGUAUAACCGUGUUUAUGAUGGCGUUCAUAUUAUUGACUCUUGUGGUGAGUUCUCCAAUGUGCCUCUUCUUGGUACAUGUGGUGGAAUUAACUACAACCCUGCUUUGGCUCGCCGUCAGCUUGGGUUCCCCUUAAAGGAUAAACCUAACAAUAUUUUGUUGGAAGGUGUGUUCUUUCAAGAGGGUAAAGAUCCCCAGAACUUGAAGGGUAGGAUGGUCCGCGUCUGGCGCAAAGUUCAUAAGAAGGGUAGGAAUGAGCUUGGUCCGAAGAAUUGUAUUGCUUUGGAGCCCUACACCGCUUGGGUGAGGGAGAGAGUCCUUGAGUACCGCAUCCCAUACGAGUAUCCGAGACCUACCCCUAUGAUUAUGGUUGGGCCUUCAACCCUCCCUAACCAAGGAGUAGAGGAGUUGAGAGAUGAAGACCAGUCGCGUGCAUGGGUUCGUGAACGAGAGGAACUUCUUCAGCAGCUCAAAGAUAAGGAUGCAGUGAUAGAAUUUCUAGAGCAUGGGGUUAUUGAUGAGCCUGAUGAUGUGGUUACUUCUCUUCUUCCUCAGUCAUCCAGGUUUUGGAAGAGGAAGUAUGAUCGACUAGCCAAGGAGAAGGCCGAUAUGGAAGCAGCUUAUGAGAGAGAUGUGAAGAGGCUUCGUGCAGCCUAUCUUCCGAUCUCGAGGGCUUUGGACGAUUGUUUCUAGGGCUCCAUAGAAUGUUUACUCUCCUUUCCUCUUGUAUUGUAUUUGGUUACCAAAAUUGUACUACUUCAUUGGUGUAAAUUUUUUCUAAAUAUUAUUGCUAUGAGUAUUCCA